AAGCCUGGUGUCAAUCAUGUGACCCUUUUAAAACAACUCAAGGAUGGACUAGUGGAAAUAAUGAUAUCGAUGAUUGCAUUAGAGAGUUUCAACUUAAAUGUACAAGAUAUGAAGAUGUGAUUGAGUGGAUUCCAUUUAAUAGGUUAUCUAACUUGCACAAAAUCGGAUUAAUUUUUCAAGCAUUAUGGUUAGAUGGAAUACGAAAAGUCGAAAAUAAUACACAGUCACGUACAUUGUCUUAUUCAGUAAAAAUCAAGAAAUUUAAUAAUUCCGAAAUGAACGAAUUAGAAUUUAUAAAAGAAUUUAAAAAUUAUAUGGAAUUGAAGGAUAGUAAACUUAAGUUAUACGGAAUAACACAGGAUACAGCUAAUCGAUACAUGAUUGUAUUCGAUGAUUCUUAUUAUAAAAGGAAUAAUAUACAUGGAAAAUGUGCACAAUGUGAGAUGUAUAAUACCACAAAGGCCUGGUGUCAAUCAUGUGACCCCUUUGAAACAACACGCGGAUGGACUAGUAGGAAUAUAGAUAUUGAUAAUCGUAUUAAAGAAUAUCAACUUAAAAAUACUGAAUAUGAAAACGUAAUUGAGUGGAUUCCGUUUAAUAGGUUAUCUAAUUUGCAAAAAAUAGACGAAUUCAGAUUUUAUGCAUUAUGGCUUGAUGGAAUACGAAUUGUCAAAAAUAAUUCACAGUCACGUAUAUUAUCAUGUGCAGUUGGACUUGAAUUUUAUUCACAUAAUGACAUAUUGGAUUUAAUACAAUCCAGAAUUAUACAGAAAUCAUCCAUAAUUGGUCGUAAAAUAUUUGGAAUAACACGGGAUACAACAACUGAUCAAUAUAUGAUUGUAUUUGAUGAAUUUUAUUAUCGAAGGGACAUUGUAUAUGGAAAAUGUAAACAGUGCAAGAGACAUAAUACUUCAAAAGCCUGGUGUCAAUCUUGUGACCCUUUUAAAACAACUCAAGGAUGGACAAGUGAGAAUAAUGAUAUCGAUGAUUGUAUUAAAGAGUUUCAACUUAAAUGUACAAGGCAUGAAGAUGUAAUUGAGUGGAUUCCAUUUAAUAGAUUAUCUGACUUGCAAAAAAUCGGAUUAAAUUUUCAAGCAUUGUGGUUAGAUGGAAUACGAAUUGUCGAAAAUAAUACACAGUCACGUAUAUUACCUUAUGCGGUUGAAAUUAAGAAAUUUGGUAAUUCGCAAAUCGACACAUUAGAAUUUAUAAAAGAGUUCAAAAAUUAUAUGCAAUUAAGAGAUAAGAAACAGAAAAUAUUCGGAAUAACACAGAAUACAACCAGUGAAUAUUUAAUUGUAUGUGAUGAUUUUUUCUACAAAAGGAAUAUUCAAUAUGGAAGAUGCAAACAUUGCAAUAGAUAUAAUACUUCAGAAUCCUGGUGUCUAUCAUGUGAUUCUUUUAAAGCAACCCAAAAAUGGACUAGUAAAAUUAAAGAAAUACAACUUAAAAGUACAAGAUAUGAAAAUGUAAUUGAGUGGAUUCCAUUUAAUAGGUUAUCUUAUUUGCAAAAAAUGGGAUCCAAUUUUCAAGCAUUGUGGUUGGAUGGAAUACGAUUUGGCAAAAAUGAUAUACGGUCACAUACAUUAUCAUUUGCAGUUGAACUUAAAAGAAUUAGUAUUUCGCAAAUUAACACAUUAAGAUGCAUAAAAGAAUUCAAAAAUUAUGUACAAUUAAGAGACAAUGAACGUAAAAUAUUUUUACUAACAUGGGAUGAAAAUACUAAUCAAUGCAUGAUUGUAUUUGAUGAAUUUUAUUAUCGAAGGGGCAUUGUAUAUGGAAUAUGUACACAGUGCAAGAGACAUAAUACUUCAGAAGCCUGGUGUCUAUCAUGUGACCCUUUUAACACUACUCAAGGAUGGACUAGUGGAAACAAUGAUAUCGAUGUUUUUAUCAAAGAAGCACAACUUAAAUGUACAAGAUAUGAAGAUGUGAUUGAGUGGAUUCCAUUUAAUAGGCUGUCUAGUUUGCGAAGAACAGGGGUAAAUUUUCAAGCAUUGUGGUUGGAUGGAAUACGAAAUGUCAGAAACAAUACACGGUUACGUUUAUUAUCACAUGCAGUUGAACUUAAAAAAUUUAAUGAUUCACAAAUUAACACAUCAGAAUUUAUAAAAAAUCUUAAAAAUUAUUUGCAAUUUAAGGAUAAUGAAUGUAAACUAUACGGAAUAACACAGGACACGAGGACUGGUCAAUAUAUGAUUGUAUUUGAUGAUUUUUAUUAUCGAAGGGGUUUUGCAGUUGGAAAAUGUAAACAGUGCAAGAGAAAUAAUACUUCAGAAGCCUGGUGUUUAUCGUGUGACCCUAUAAAAACCACUCAAGGAUGGACUAGUGGAAAUAUGGAUAUUGAUUAUUUUAUUAAAGAAUUACAACUUAAAAGUACAAGAUAUGAAAAUGUAAUUGAAUGGAUUCCGUUCAAUAAGUUAUUUAACUUACAAAAAAUAGGAGAAUCAAAAUUUCUAGCCUUAUUAACAGGUGGAAUACGACAAGUUCAAAAUAAUUCACAGUCACGUACCUUAUCAUGUGCUAUUAAACUUGAGAAAUUUGAUUAUUCACAUAUUGACACGUUAAAUUUUAUUGAAAAAUUUAAAAAGUAUAUAAAUAAUGAAAGCAAACUAUACGGAAUAACGCAGGAUACAACAACUGGUCAAUACAUGAUUGCAUUUGAUGAUUUUUAUUACAAAAUAAAUGUUAUUUAUGGAAAGUGUAUAUGCUGUGAAAGAUAUAAUACUUCAGAAGCCUGGUGCCAGUCGUGUGAUCUUUUUAAAACUAUUCAAGGAUGGACCAGUGGAAAUAAUGAUAUCGAUGAGUGUAUUAAAGAGUUUCAACUUAAAACUACUAAAUAUGAAGACGUCAUUGAGUGGAUUCCUUUUUAUAAGUUAUCAAAAUUGCAAAAGAUAGGAGAAUUGGAGUUUAAGGCACAGUGGUUAGCUGGAAUACGAAAGGUUGAGUCAUGUAAACUGUUAUAUUCCCAAGAUAAUACAUUAAAAUUUAUACAAACACGCACGUUAUCACAUGCGGUUGAACUUAAAAAAUUUGCUGAUUCACAAAUUGACGCAUUAGAAUUUAUUAAAAAAGAUAGUAAACUUAGAUUAUACGGAAUAACAAAAGAUACAACAACUAAUCAAUAUAUGAUUGUAUUUGAUGGUUUCUAUCAUGGAAGAGAUAUUAUCUAUGAAAGAUGUGCACAUUGCAAUAGAUAUAAUACUUCAGAAGCCUGGUGCCAAUCAUGUGACCCUUUUAAAGAAAUUCAAGUAUGGACCAGUGGAAGUAAAGAUAUUGAUAAUUACAUUAAAGGGCUUCAACUUAAAGUACAAGAUAUGAAGAUGUUAUCUAACUUGCAAAAAAUAGAAAAAUCCAAAUUUUAUGCAUUAUGGCUUGAUGGAAUACGAAAAGUCAAAAACAACACACAAUUGCGUACGCUACCAUGUUUAGUAGAACUUCAAAAAUUUGAUGGUUUACAAACUGAUGCAUUAGAAUUUAUAAUUAAAUUUAAAAGUUUUGUUCAAUUUGAGAUUAAUGGGCAUAGAAUAUUUGGGAUAACUCAAAAUGCGUCAUCGAAACAAUAUAUGGCAGUAAUUGAUUAUUGCAUUUCUAAGAGAGAUGAGAAAUACGGAGUUUGCAGAUGGGAUGAGCAUUAUAACACUUCGAGAGGCUGGUGUCAAUCGUGUGAUCCUUUUGAAAUGACUCAAGCAUGGACAAGCGAAAGUAUUGAUGUAGAUGAUUGUAUCAAGGAAUUUCAAUUGAUUGCCACAGAAUAUGAUAAAGUAAUAGAAUGGAUCCCUUUUGAUAGAUUAAAUAAUAUACAACAGAUCGGGAAAGGGGGAUUUGGUGACGUUUUUUUCGCAAACUGGAUAGACGGGAAAAGAAAGGUUCUAAAAGACGGCAAAGGAUUCAUACAGUCUCGAACACAAUCUUACUUAGUCGCACUCAAGACUUUAUCUAGUUCUUCGAAUUCAAUGGAUUUCUUAAAAGAAUUUAAAAAUCACAUGCGAUGUAGAUUAAUGGGGAGUAGCCUUGAAAUAUAUGGAUUAACCAAAAACACAACUACAAACCAAUAUAUGAUAGUUCUUCAAUAUGCCAACAAUGGCGAUCUUCGUCAAUAUUUAGAAACGAAUUUUAAAGAACUUACUUGGAAAGACAAAUUAUCACGACUGAUGGAUAUAUCAAAAGAUUUGUCUCUAAUCCAUGAAGCAAAAUACAUUCAUUGCGAUUUACAUAGUGGAAACAUUGUAUUACAUAAAGAGGGAUCAUGGCUUGAAAGAUCAAAGACUUAUAUUAUAGAUCUAGGAUUGUCCCGGAAAAACGAAGGGACUCCCGAAUUUUAUGUCGAAUUUUCAGAACUGUGCAUGAAUUUUGAUCCACAAAAACGGCCUACUGCUGAAGAAAUUUUUCAUAAGUUAGAAGAAUGGUAUAAUUUGAUUAAUGAGUUUGAUGAAACUGAAAAUUACGACGAUACUCAAGAGCUUGACAGAUUUGAAUUUGAUGAAAUCGAUGAAAUCGAUGAAUCGAAGGUAGAAAUGUUUAAUAAAUUCAUAGAAUCUGAUGAAAUAGUUAAAAGGUUGCCAAUGGCUAUGAAAAUACAUCAAGAUUCUGAGUAUACAAGAAAAUUUAUUAAUACUGAUGUUAUUUCCGAACGGUAUUGGAAAGAUUCAAAGAUUAUUGACUUAAAGAUAAAAUCAUAA